UGGCGCAGGCGCGACCCCGCAAGAUGGCGGCGGCUGGAGCGGGUCGGCUGCGCCGGGCGGCGUCGGCCUUGCUGCUCCGGAGUCCUCGCCUGCCACCCCGGGAGCUGUCGGCCCCGGCCCGGCUUUAUCACAAGAAGGUUGUUGAUCAUUAUGAAAAUCCUAGAAAUGUGGGGUCCCUCGACAAGACGUCUAAAAAUGUCGGAACUGGACUGGUAGGGGCUCCAGCUUGUGGCGAUGUAAUGAAAUUACAGAUCCAAGUGGAUGAAAAGGGGAAGAUUGUGGACGCCAGGUUUAAAACAUUUGGCUGUGGUUCUGCGAUCGCCUCCAGCUCAUUAGCCACUGAGUGGGUGAAAGGGAAAACGGUUGAAGAAGCCUUGACCAUUAAAAACACAGACAUCGCCAAGGAACUCUGCCUGCCCCCCGUGAAACUGCACUGCUCCAUGCUGGCUGAAGAUGCCAUCAAGGCCGCCUUGGCUGAUUACAAACUGAAACAAGAGCCCAAGAAAGGAGAGGCAGAGAAGAAAUGAGCCCUUAACGGGGCUGCCAGCAGAUUCCAUUGCUGCUCGCCGCCCACCAGCCGUCACCCUAGACGCUCAGAAGACCCUCACACUACAGCUCCCACACUAUCUGCUGUUCGUCUGCGGCACUGAUGCAAGUGAAAUAUACGAUUUCAUUUUUCUGAAUCCCGUGGUUUCUUUCAGCCCAUUCUUAUCGCCUUAACCAAGUUCAGUGUAUAUUUUGAAUUGUGUGUGUAGCCUCAAGCUGAAAUCAGUAACAAUGUCACGGUAGCCCGUGGAGUGCGUAAGUAGCUACUUUUACCUGGAUCUAUUUUUGGAAGAUUACCAGGAGAAUGCCUUCAGUGUGAUUAUUUGAUGGCACCAAUUGUUGUACAUAGGACAGACCUGCAUAUAGAUAUGUAUAAUAUAAUGUAUAAUAAAAGAGUGUAAGGUGA